ACAUCCAGCCUGGCCUUGAAUGCCUGCAGGGAUGGGGCAUCCACAACCUCCUUGGGCAACCUGUUCCAGUGCCUCCCCACCCUCUGAGUGAGUGAGCCCCUUUGGUGCAUGGCAGCGAUGCCCAGCGCAGUGCUGUCGGUGCUGGGGCAGAUCUGCCUGCCCAGGGCUUGGUGUGGGCAGGAAGGAGAGUGGCCGUGGGAAGAGACAUUCCCAAAAAGUUUUGUUAUUGCUGGGAGCUGGCGAAAGUGUGCUGUCAUUUCCAAGAAACAGAACAAGAAUGUCUAACGGUUACGGAUUAAUUCUCAUGAGCGCAUUUAGCGCUUCCUGCACGCGUGUGUAAUUAGGGAAUUAAGGGCUCAGUGGGGCUGUUCGAACGUUCCAGGUGAAUGCUGGGAGGGGAGGGAGGUUUGCUGGGUUUAGCAACGAGAUAACAGAGGGCUGUUUGCUUAUGGAGCCGAAUUUCCAUAGCGCCCAUCGCUGCUCAGUUCAGUAUGGGGGAAAGCGGAAAGUGAUGCGAGUUGUUUUGUCUCCACAGAUGAUUGAUCAAAAAGGUUUUAUUUGGAAAAUAAAUUGUUAUUUGAAUGUGCCUUAUAUAUUUUAAAAAGCCAAAGCUUCUGCGGAUCUGUGCAUGGUAUGAAAACUCCCAGCAUCUUUUCAUGCAGUCCGGGUGUGUAACCCUUGCCUAAUUAGUGCACAAAUUCAAAUAAUGAAUGUGCUUGCAGCUCUUCCUGCAGCCACUGCUUUUGUGUCUGCCCUGGAACACUUAUGAAGGUCUCAGGUGGGGUUUUGCCCAGCAGCACUGGACCCCCAGCUCCCUUUUCCACUGCUGCCCAAUGCUCCCGGUGCCCCACGCCCUGUGCUGGGCACUCCCUGUGCUCCUCCUUGCUAUGGAAACACCGCCUGCUGAGAUCAAACGGGACGAUGAGUGCCAUUUAUUAACUCGAUGAGGUGGGACGGGAGCCAAAUUGGUUGAAAUUCUAAUUGUUUAACUUUUUCCAUGUAUCAUCGGCGAAGUUUCCUACUUAGCCGGCGUGAUUUCCACCGCCGCACCCCCUUUUUGUUCUGCUGCUUUUGUUUGGAGUUGUUUAACUUCGCCCUGGUCGCUGGCUGGGCGCCCCAGGGACCUGAACAAAGAUCUCAGCUGUUCCAUUUGCGCUGGGAUGGAAAUGCUGGUGCUGGAGGAGGGGAGGCAGUAGGAAAGAGGCACUGGAAAAUGUGUUCCCUCUUCGCUUUCUCAUGCGUGUCAGAGGCUAUUUUAAUGACUUUGGGGAAACAAAUCUUCCCCACGCACACCGUAAAACAGACAGAGCUGCUCCUGGCGGUGCUGGAGCCGUCCGUCACGCAGGGAGCGCUGCUGGUGCCGCCCCGUGUUGCGGUGCGGUGCUCAGGGGCGCUUCAGGCUCUCGGGGUUCUGAAUAAGAACAUCUCCUCGCUUUAGGAGAACUCCCCAUGCUCUUCGGUCCCAACCACCGGCGGCGGUGGGAGAUGAGGUACGAGGGGUGCACGAUGUGCGGGGCGGUGCGUGGGGCGCAAAGCAGCUCCGCUCCGUGCGCUGCCCCUCCCGCACCACCUAGUGAUGGAAAGCGGAAUAUAACCAGGCUCGGGCAGGAUCAGGGGAAAGACCUGCUAUGAGAAUUAGCAGCGCUGGGGUGUGGCUGCUGGGUUACAACAGCAUUAUGCAGCGGUGGAGCAGCAACCCGGCAAAGGCAACUACAGUUGACUGCAUAAUUACUGUUGACUGAAUAAUGGCAAUAAAUAAGGAUCUGAGAGUGCACUGUCUGAAUCCUUGCACCUUUAAGGACUGGAGCUGCCCAUCUGCAUACCCUGAUCCCCCCAUGUGGCCCCUCUUACUCUUAUCACCAGGACCACCUUUGUCUGAACGGUGACUCAGGAGCCAAGAGCCAUCCCUUGCAGUCCUUCUGCAGGCAAGAAGAGUCCCAAUCUUUUGCUGCAAGACAUCAUCUUCCAUCUCUAAUCUUGGUUUGCAGCUCUCUGCCUGGUCGGAUCAAUGCUGCCAUCUGCUUCUCCUGCCCAGGCACUGCUGCAAAGCUCUCCUGGCACUGCACUGCUGUUUUUGGAGCCUCCACCUCUGAUUGUCACUGCUGCCGAGAUGCCACCUCAGCAAGAUGUGUUCUCCUGCACGUUGUUCCCAGGAUGCAUCUUUAAAAUGAAGACAACAAGAAAGUAACGCCCCAGCCAGGAAGGAGCAGCCCAAGUGGGGGGCUUGCUGCUCGCUGCAGCAAUUUCAGUGCCAUACUUGGGGUCAGCCCCUUGUAGAGCUCGCAGCCUCCCACCAUGUGUGCAGCAGCAAGCAGCCCGUGCUCCCUGGGAGAACACUGCAAACAGGAGCUGUGUCUUCUUGCUGCCUUCCUUAUGCCCACAUCACAGCCCCACUUUCCCUCCUGGCUGAUCGUGCCCCACACGUGCCCAGGGCUGUGCCAGCACCGAUAAGAAGACAGCCCCAAACCACAGGGCUGCCCAGCACAGUGCAUGGGUGUUUUGGUGUCUCCCAGGGAAGGCUCUGCAGCUCAGACCAACAUCACAAGCAUCAAAAGAGCCUGGCACAGAGAGCAUUAUGAAACGAUAUGAGCUCUGAGCACAUUCAAACACUGCCGUGUUUCUGAGUGUCCUGUGAGCUAUUUCAGGAGAUGAUGACAGCGUUGCUCAGAUUUCCUGCACAGCCUUGCAGUUAUCUGCAGGUCCUACUGCUGCAUCACGUGUUGUGCAGCAGCAGUCAGCAGAUAGGAUCUGGCACAGAGUGUUGCUCUCGGGCUGGAGCUGCUGCAGGAACCCUCCGAGCGGACACCGCUGACCCUGUGUGUGAUGUACGGUGAGCAACUGGGAAAUAAACGUCGUGCUGCAGGGGAUGACAGCAUCUGGGGGUGUGAGUGCAUGCGGUGUGUGAGGCUGACGGCGGCUGUUUCCCCAUUGCCGCUGCAUAGCGGGGCUCUGCUCACAGAGCUGCUCCACCUGCAGGUCAGGGGAUGCUCCAGCCCUGCGCUGCCCAUGGCUCCAUCCUAACUGCACUCAUCCCCCAGCUGGUAACAAGGAAGUCGGCUCCGAAGGUAAUGUCUACUAUUUUAUCACAUGGGCUCACAACAAGGGAGGUGGAUGUUGGCGGUAAGGCAGUAGGGGCUGAACGUUCUCACGCACUGACAUUCACUGAAUGUUUAUGAGACCAAACAGUGAAUGUUGGCACAGCGAAAGAUGGACUGCGUGGGCAACAUUUUCCUAGCAGCUGUGAAAAAGUGGGUCAUCUCCACCGGUUAGGAUCUGUACGAGCCCAGCAUGCAGCUCUUGUUCAUCACUGCCAAAAACGCACCUUUAAUGGUGAUGACUACGUUGAAAAAUAGUACUUCGGAGCUGAGAACCUGCUCUAUCACACAGUCUUAUCGAAACGAGUCUUAUCGUGCUCUUUCUCGCUGUUGUAAUUUCCACGGAAAUAAAUAGGCGGCAUUACAUUCAGAGCGACCUAUGUAUUUCUGCGUUGGUCUCUGCCCAGUUGCUGUGGCACACGCUCGCCCCGCACCGCCGACCGCAAAGCUCCGCACUGCGAAGUGAUGGGAAGCGGGCGGUGCUCAGAGCGCGGGGCUGCGGACUCACGUGCGGGCGGUGCGGCUGCUCUCAGCGCUCCCGCAGCGGCUCGGGGGGCGGUGGAGCGGAUCCUCGGAGCGGGACGCACCGCCCCGCAGGGCCGGACCGGGGCGGAGCCGCUCCGCACGGGGCGCGCAGAGGCGCGGAGAUUCACGCAGCGCCAUGCGGGACUACGAGGAGGUGACCGCCUUCCUGGGCGAGUGGGGCCGCUUCCAGCGCCUCGUCUUCUUCCUGCUCAGCGCCAGCAUCAUCCCCAACGGCUUCAAUGGGAUGUCGGCCGUGUUUUUGGCCGGUACCCCCGAGCACCGCUGCGCCGUGCCGCCCGGAGCCAACCUGAGCGAGGAGUGGCGGAACGCCAGCAUCCCGCUGGAGCUGCGCGGCGGACUGACGGAGCCGAGCCGCUGCAGCCGCUACCGCCUGGACGUGCUGCUCAACCUGUCGGCGCUGGGGCUGCGGCCCGGCAUCGACGUGCAUCUGGCGGAGCUGGAGCAGGAGCCGUGCCUGGACGGCUGGGAGUACAGCCGCGACGUGUACCGCUCCACCAUCGUCAGUGAGUGGAACCUGGUGUGUGAGGACGACUGGAAAGUGCCGCUGACCACAUCCCUGUUCUUCGUGGGGGUCCUCAUCGGCUCCUUCAUCUCGGGGCAGCUCUCAGACAGGUUUGGCAGGAAAAGCAUCCUCUUCUUGACCAUGGCUGUGCAGACCGGCUUCAGCUUCCUGCAGAUCUUCUCCACCAGCUGGGAGAUGUUCACAGUGCUCUUCCUCAUAGUGGGCAUGGGACAGAUCUCCAACUAUGUGGUGGCCUUCAUAUUGGGAACAGAAAUUCUUGGCAAAUCAGUUCGUAUUAUAUUCUCUACGUUAGGAGUUUGCAUAUUUUUUGCAAUUGGCUACAUGUUGCUGCCCCUGUUUGCUUACUUCAUCAGAGAUUGGCGGAUGCUGCUGCUGGCUCUCACCCUCCCCGGGCUGCUCUGCGUUCCGCUCUGGUGGAUCAUUCCUGAGUCCCCUCGCUGGCUGAUCUCCCAGGGAAGAUAUAAAGAGGCAGAAGUUAUUAUCCGAAAGGCUGCAAAAAUAAACAACACCCCAGCCCCAGCCGUGCUUUUUGAUGCCGCAGAGAUGCAGGAUUCGAAGCCUCAGCAGCAGCAGAAGGCUAUCCUUCUGGACCUAUUUCGAACCCGAAACAUUGCAACUAUUACUAUUAUGUCAUUACUUUUGUGGUUUUUCACCUCCGUUGGUUACUUUGGCCUUUCCCUCAACACUCCAAACCUGCAUGGCGAUGCCUACAUCAACUGCUUCCUUUCAGCGGUCAUUGAAGUCCCAGCAUACAUCAUUGCCUGGCUGCUCCUGCGCUCCCUGCCUCGCCGCUACUCCAUAUCCGGCACCUUGGUUUUGGGGGGAGGUGUUGUCCUCUUCAUUAAGCUGGUUCCCAUGGAUCUCAAUGUCCUAUCUCUUUGCCUGGUGAUGCUUGGAAAGUUUGGUAUCACAGCUGCGUUUUCAAUGCUUUAUGUCUACAAUGUGGAGCUGUACCCAACACUGGUCAGAAACAUGGCAGUCGGAGCUACGUCCACAGCUUCCAGGCUGGGCAGCAUCAUUGCUCCCUACUUCGUUUACCUGGGUGCCUAUGACAGAUACCUACCAUAUAUCCUCAUGGGAAGCCUGACUGUGCUGAUAGGGAUCCUCACCCUGUUUCUCCCUGAGAGCUAUGGCAAUGCUCUGCCUGAGAGCUUUGAACAAAUGCUGAAGGUGAAAUGUUUCAGGAAUGGGCAACACACCACUGGCAUUAGGAAUUCAAAGGAGAGUACUAAAACUCUCACGACACCUUUGUGAAGAAGGAUGCACGCUCUCCAAGGGGCUGGAAGAACAAGAUUUCAAAAUGCAUUUUCUGCCACAGGAAAAUGAACAAAAACCCAACAGCCAAUGCUAUGGCACUGUAGUUAUUGUCCCUUGUGCUGCUGUACCCAUGUACCUAUUUUCUGAACAGAUGCUGUCUGCUCCUAUAGGGCUCUUAGUUUGUAAUUCAGUGUUCUGAUUCCUGGAGUGUGUCAGCAGAUCCUCUGUUGAGAAACAGAGGUCUGCAUGUGCUAAACAUGUCUUGAGGAGUAUUAGUACAGCAAUGACUGCACUAGUCAAUGAAAGCUGCUAAGAGAAAAGAAAGAAGGCAGCAGAGGUGAUGGUGGUGGUUUUCUCACACUGUGCAUACUGAUUGGAGGAAGGCAAGCUGGGUGCGUCUGAACAUCUCACACGUCUCUAAAGGAAAGAUCCCAGCCUCAUUUGAAAUCUGUAACCAAGGCUUGGUACAACCUGGGAUCCACUUCUGAUCCACCUGUCCCUAUAAAAGCUGAUGCUUUUUCAUAAGGCCUAAUCCUGCUGAAAUCACUGGGCUUUAGGAGUGCUGAGGUGUAAGGACUGAGCGAGGGCUAUAGCUUGCUGAUCUCCUUUUGAUGGGCCAUGCAAAAACAGGUUUUAUCGAAGAAGUGGUCCUGUUCAAACAUGCUCUGCAUUUUCAGCUUUUGGGUUUCUCAUAAUAUGCUGACAUAAGCAACUUCUAUAUCUUUUUGUGGUUCUUUUUCAAAGCAUUUCGUUUCUCCUCUGAAUGUAUACUACAUUAUGCUGUACCUUCAGAGAAAACUCAACUCGGUUUUGAAAGCCUCUACAAAAACCUUUGUACCAUUUACGAAUUUAAAGGAGAUUUGAUGUUUGCAAAAAUCAGAUGUUCUGUAUAGGAGAUUUUAAUGUGCAGCUAUUAAGAACUGAAAAGGGCUCAUUGGGGACCAUACUUUUUUUCUUUUUUUUUCCAAAGCAAAAAUAAUGCUGACAAAGCCAGUAUUUUGUUUUUCAAGUCCUACAGGUUAUUAUGUGUUUUUUUUUUUUUUUUUUAAGUUCAGCAAAGCUAGAUGAGAUGAAAUGUUGAACGUAGUAGAGCUUAGAUUUGUGCUACUACUGUUUUACAAACACUGCGUAGUUUGAGAAAAAUUUAAUGCCUUUUACUUCUCUAUUUAUUGGUUGUGUGUGGACUUCUUGGCCGCAUGAAGUCUCUCAGGCUGGGUAGGCUGAUUUUUAUCUUCUGUGAACCCAUUUAGUGGUGAUUCACAUUCCGUUAAGGCCAACAAAGCGCACUGUCUCCUCUCUUAAUGUGAGACUUCAUGGCAGUUUGUCUUGUGCUGGCAUUUGGCACGCAAGUGAGGAUCUCCCUGCAAGUUCGAGCACAACUAUAAAGGUUUAUAACAUUUAAAUGCAAGGAACUUGUGCAAUCAUCUCAAGCUGCUCUUUGGGAUGUAGCAAUACUACUUCCUUUAAUAUUAAUUUUCUGUAGUCAUGCUUUAUGCCAUAAAUGUAAUGUGCCAUAAGGCUAACCCACAUCCUCAUCCCUUCUCAAACUGGAAUUUCCUUAAUGACAGCAGUAUUUAAUUCUUUAUUUUACUUAUUGCAAAGUUAAUCUAUCAAAUAACUGUUUAGGCACAACUAGAUUUCUGAACAAAACCUUUCAGUUGGUGUAGGACAGGUCUGAGGACUUGGCUAAAUAUAGGUGGCCUCUAUUUUUAUGAAGAUUUUUAUAUUAAGUUCAUAUUAUUUUAUGUGAUUGUAGGCUUAGGUAUUUCUGAAAGGUAAAUAUUUUUAUAUUCUUGAACUUGGUAGUAUCUUAAAACUAGAUUCCAUUUUUUAAAUAAGGAAGGGGAUUGUGUUUUUUUUAAAUGCUUUGUUUUAAUUGGUCUUAUUUUUCUUGCUUUUACCAUUGAUCAAAAGCUAGCGUCGUAUUUUAGUAUUUUAGUAGCAAAUUUAAAAAAAAAAUGCAAGAGUGGAAUGCAUUGUUGACAAGAAUGUGAUGUUGUUAUAUGGACUCAGUGUGUCUGAGCACAGUCAGAAUGAGAAAAUGAGAUUGCUUCAGCUGAUGAAGCACUUGUAAGGAGGAUUUCUGUCCUCUGACCGUAUCUUUCCUAGGCCAGAACAGGGAUUUCUGAAGGAACUCAGAGAGCAGCAGCCUGCUGAAGAAUCAUACAGGGAUGAAUCUGGAGGGCAGGAGUGCCAGAUUCUGUCAAGUUACUACAUUUUUAACUGUAAAGCUGAAGAAAACAGAAUUGGCUUAGUAGCCAUUGGCUACUAAGAAAAUAAAUGUAUUUCUGAUGAGGAACCUAAGACUUUCACUGCAGUCUUCAGUGAGUUGUGUGUGUCAGAUGCUUGGUGGGGCUCACUGUGGGACCUGUGUGCUCACCUCAGCUGGGAGAUGCACCUACAGCUCUGACCAGAGGAUGGGAGGGAAGCACAACUGCAUGGCUCCCACUGAUUGCACUGGGCCUCAGCUCUCUCCUCUGUUAAAUUUACCCGGGUCUCUCUGUGUAACCUCUUAUCAUCAGUAAGAUCUGACACGGGCUUGUUGGAUGUCUUAAAGCACACAUAAAUACGUAGUUGUUGUCACCUGGGAACUCCUGUCUUUGUUGGAAUAAAACGUACGCUAGUA